CAUUUGCUAUGAGACCCGAAAGCAAAGAUUACAAGACACAGUAUCAUUUGCAAGAUAAUUAAAGAAAAAAUAAUAAUUAUUAAUAAAUUCUCAAUUUUCAAUUAAAGGUUUUUCAUUUCACAAGUUCAAACUCUGACCUGCAAACUUGCCUGUUUUAAUUCAUUCCUUCAUUCUCUUCUCUUUCUCUGUGGCCUUGUCAUACUUGGAAGAAUGUUAUUCCACCAAAUCUAUAUGACAUGUUUUGUGGGGUGGUGGGUAUGGUUGAAUAUUGAAGGAGAAAGAUGAGCUUGAAGGUGAGGAACACUGCAAUAAACAAACCAAGAAGCAAUAGUCCUAACGCUGCAGAGGUGGAGAUUGGUUCCAUGCAAAGAUGGCGACAGAUGAAGUAGCUGGCUCUGUUGGAACCAGUGCCAGUUUGUCUUUGAGAUUAGGCCAGACCAUCUUCUCUUCUGCUUCUCUUCUCUUCAUGUCUUUAGGUGUUGAGUUCUAUGGCUACACUGCUUUCUGCUAUUUGGUGACAAUAAUGGGUUUGGUAAUUCCCUGGAGUUUUGCUUUGGCCAUUGUGGAUGGAUACUCCAUUCUGGUGAAAUGCCCCCUUCGACAACGGGGAAUUCUGCUGAUAAUUGUUGUAGGAGAUUGGGUUUUAUCAAUUCUUACACUUGCUGCUGCAUGCUCAACAGCCAGUGUUGUUGAUCUCUUACUCCACGCUGAUGGAGCUUAUUGCCCUCCAAAGUUGUGCAGUAGAUAUCAAAUAUCUGCUGCAAUGGCCUUCUUGACUUGGUUUCUUUCUUCGGCUUCAUCUCUAUUCAAUCUUUGGUUACUCCCAUCUUUGUGAUUCUGAUUGUCUAUCUCAAAAGUUCAGAAUUUUGUGGUUCUCUUUGCGCAUUAGUGGCAUAAAAAGUUCAUAAUCAUCAAUGAUACAGUCGCAAAGUUGUUUUUUUUUUUUUUUCAGCAGUUGUACACAAGCAGUUGUUAGGACAACUAAGUUGUUUCACCUCCUAUAACAAUAAACAUAAAUGCAGUCCAAGUACCAAUGCGGGAAAUUCUGUUUGUAUCGUUUCAUA